AUGGGCCAAUUGGUGCAGUUUUUGGUGUCUGAGUAGCAGUGUUCAUAUUCUUCGACAGUAAAAAUAAAAAAAAGUAUUGGGCAUGGAGAUAUUGUGACAAAAGUGGAAGAAUAAUACGAAUUCCAUCAGAAUCAAUAGGUUUGCUUGCAGCUUCGCUGCCAGCACCCUUAAGGAGGUAUUCACUCUUGUCCAGUGUAUUCACUGCAUUCAUUUAUGUCUCUCAUAGAUUCUGGAGGUUCCUGACGGCCACAGGGCUCCAGUUCCACCCCAGAGCUGUAGCAGUGGCUCCCAGAGCGACCCCUCCACCACGCCCCUCUCCCCCACACCCUGCUCUUUCUCCCCCUCCAUGUCCCCCUCUUCUGUAGAAGACCUACCCGUGAAUCAGGACCCAGGUCAGUCUCUCCCUAAUAUAGCCCUGUAACAACAUCAGUGCAGGGUUAUGUUCAGUAUGGUGCACACAAACGUGCAAAAUGUUUUGCAAUGGGAAACUGUGUGCUUAUUGGACAGUUUCACGGUGUACCUCCUGGUUGUUCUGUUUCAAAACGCUAUCUCCCUAUUGAACAAGACCCAUUUGGUUUAUCAACAUAGAAGUGAGUAAUACCAGGCAGGAAAAGCUAAAUUGGCUAUAAAUGGUUGAGACAGUUUCCACAAUAAUGGUGCCUCUUUACAAUGACGUGAUACAACUUUGAUACAAAGUUUCCACUUGUUGUAGCAUGAAAUGCAUGCACCAGAAACAGGGCACACUUUUGUGAGAGAGAUAUCAGCAAGCUAGGCUAGCUAAACUGUAGCAAAAUAUCUACCUUACUGUCUGCUUGGCUGGCUAGCUAGAUGCUUGGCUAAACACAGAAUGUCAGCGCAUUGUUCUGAUUGGCUAGUCGCAAGUCUUUAGCUAAGAUUUGACAUGUUGAACCUUGGAAACUCCAGCAGCCGACAUGAGACGUUCUAGAACUAGACCGUUCAGAUCAAGCAAACUUCGUUCUAAAACUGCAUAAAACUGUCUCGGCUGCUGUAUCUGAACUGGGCAUCAGUGAUAGGAAUUUAGAAACACAGAUACUGGACUUUUUCUCACACCACUCUUCAGGUGUGGCGGAGGGUGUGGAGCUGUGUCUCCUGUCUCCCCUGUCCUCCCAGGGUGGGUGGGAGCCGUCCCCCUUGCUGCUCUCCUCCUCGCCACGGCCCAACAAGAGCUACUGCUUCCAGAGGGAGCCCCCCGAGGGCUGCGAGAAGGUCCGCGUGUGUGAGGAGACCAGGUAGGUUCUCGCAAAUACUCGUACACGCACACACAUGCACAAUUGUUUGAUGUGCACAGAAACGUACAUGCCCACACAAAUGUAAAUACACACUAACUUGUAUGUAUGGGCAGAUGUAUGCUUAGGUACAUAGACAAAUACAAACAUUCUGACUUUUGGAUGCAUUUAUUCCAAAAGGCUUAUGAACAGUAACACAUGGCUCCUUAGAUUGAGUCUGUACAUACCCCCAGUUGUUUUCAAAGUUAUUGGAGACUGGGUGUGUCAAUAUCACAGGGUUCAUAUGAUCAUGAAAAUCCUGAAAAAGUCAUGUAAUUUUAAAAUUGUGUUUUCCAGGCCUGAAAAGUAAAUAACAGAAAUUAUGAAAUUAAUUUUAAUGUAAUCUAUUUAAAUAUUUUAUCAAUAAAAUACAAAAUUCUGCCAGGAUCGGAAUUACACUUCAGCGCGUCUAUUUGCGUGCAUCACCUGCAUGUGUGCGAGACGAGUGGGCCGUAGCUCAAGGGGGGAGAGAGAGAGAGACAGUCUGACAUUUCAGCAGCAGGUAGGCAUAGCCUAUAAAAUAUGAUAAACAGACCAACUAGGUAACCAAUUCACAACAUAUCUUGUACUCUCUAUUUAAGUGUUUAGCUAUUAUUAGCAUGUAUUAAUGUUUUUGUCUUGUCCUAAAAAAAACGUAUUAUCCUUUCACUCACAAAUAAUUUACUUUUUUGAACGAUUCAUAUGAUUCAUUUAAACAAUUAUUUAGGAUGAAACUAACAAUUCACUUCACCAUUGUAUUAGUUGGUAUUCGGUUUAAUUGCAUUGACUCUAAUCAUCUGAAUCAAAAUUAUUUGUGAAUUGUGAACAUUAAUUUUAGGCUACAUCUAAUCUUUUUUCCUUUCUUUUGGAUUAUGUGGGUUCAAAAAUUGUAGAUGCUUCCAGUUGAUUUGGGCAUCCAAUGUAUGGGAGGUUGCAAUAGAUGCUAGUCAGCCUGAAAAGUAAACACUUCUAAGGUGGCUAAGAUAAAUAUGACUAAACUAUAAAAGGUACAUAAAGAAAAUGUGUGGGCUUGCUUCAGCUGAAUAAAAAGAUUUGUAGCCUACCAUAGCCAUUUGAUCUUUGAUAUAUUGAAUAAACUAAUUGUUUCAAAAGGCAUAAAAUUAAUUUGGUUGUAAUGUUGAAAUGUUUUACAUCAAGGGUGGUCAACCAUCCUCCAGGAGAGCUAAUGGGUGUGCAGGCUUUUAUUCCUGUCCCACUGCUGCUCAACCGGACCUUGAUAAACUGGCUCUGUGUUUGAGCAGGGCUUGCUCAAAAGCAUGCACACCCAGUAGCUCUCCAGAAUGAGGGUUGACCACAUGUUUUAUACCCUUGCCUAACAUGUAUUCUACUUUGGGGGGGGUUAAGUGCCUUGCUUAACGACAGGAGAUGUAAAUGGGAUCAGAGAGCAGCCUCCCAGUGUCGAUACCACAUUACGCAUACUUUUUUAUGCUGUACUUACAGAGAUGCCGUCAAUUGUUGGUAAUGGAAAUUUGGUUAAAAGUAAUGGAAGUCGUAGAAAAGUCAUUAAAUUCCAUCUGUCAAAAUGUGUAUGAACCCUAUCAGGUCUACUGACAUAUUUGAACAGUUUGUGAUCCUGCUUCUAACAACCCCGUCUCUUUCUCUCCCACAGCAUUCCACACCUAGCCCAGUCCUCGCCCCUCCUCUCCUCCUGCCCCGACCCCAACAAGGUGAACUUCACCCCCCACGGCAGCUCAGCAUUCUUCCCCGUCAGCCUGCUCAAGCCCCUGCUCCCAUCCAUGGACCUGCUGUUCUGUAGCCUGGCCGUGUCCCCAGUCACGGGCUGCUCUGGCCAGGGCGCAGCCCCCUCGCCUGGGUACCUGGGGCCUCACUCCGACUCGGUCACCACUGCCAUGUAA